ACGUUGUUCAAUAUUGCUUCUAGCAUUGCUCAUAAGCGCAUUAAAUUGAUAAACAUCCUAUUCCGUCUGUUUCUGAUUUGUUCUGCAGCUUUCUCAGAAGGACGAAGAUAUUCUCGAGAUUAUCACUUACGUAGGAUUGAGCCUUUCAAUCAUCGGAAUGAUUUUAACUAUAAUCAUGUAUUCCCUUUUCACAGAUAUUCAUCAACCUGUGACUCAAAUAAGACUGAGUCUCGCCGCUUCGCUCGGAGCUGGUCAAAUAAGCUUUCUCGCCGGAAUGCACGCCAUGGGUAACACUGUCGCUUGCAUAACAGCAGCAGUUCUUACGCAGUAUUUCUUGAUGGCCGCUUUCUGCUGGAUGCUGGUGGAAGGAAUCUACUUUUACCUUUUUAUUGUAAAAGUUUACAACAUCAGCAACAAGAUGAUCGUAUAUCACGUUAUGGCAUGGGGUUUCCCCAUCACCAUGGUCGGCAUUUCUCUUCGCGUCGCAAUCGGAAAAGGAGAGAUUCAAAGCUAUACCAGCGAUAAAUAUUGUUGGUUGUCAUCAUCUUAUGACUUGAUUUGGAUAUUUGUUGCAUCUCUGACAGCAACUGCAGUGCUCAACAGUUUUAUACUCGCACGUGUCAUACGGGAGUUGACCACAUUUCCACAAACAGGAGCCACCCAGAUUCAGCAAGUCCGACUUGGCAUCAGAACAUGCGGGGUGAUGAUUCCCCUUCUGGGUAUCACUUGGUCGUUUGGUCUUCUAUCGCCACUGCACAAGACUUUUACCUACAUUUUCACCAUUCUCAACUCUAUGCAGGGUGUCCUGAUUUUCAUCCUGCACUGUGUUCGAAAUAGUCAGAUUAUGGAGCGCCUAAAAGGAAAGAUGAUUCCGAAACAAAUUGGUCAGAUCAGAGCUCGUUUGAGAGGGAGAAUAAACGUUGUUUCCCUAUCUCCGAACAACAAAAACUCAGCCAGAAAGAAUGCAAAGAUCCAUCCGUUUGACGGUGAUGCAGUGUUGGCAAUUGGAAGAGUGCAAUUUAAAAAUUGCACUCUUCCGGAAAAUAUGAGUUGAAAUAGGAAUACAUAUAAGUAAAUCAUGAUAGAUUCGAUAGGCAGCGGGUGAUAGCUAAGCGACGAUAAUUCCUUAGUCGCAAUUGAUCCGUUUCAAUUCGUCUUUCGGCUCGAUUAGUGGACAGUUCGUUAAUUCAGAAAUUAGGUUGUUCGUGGAACGGUGGAGGCCGUUGACGUUUUUUAAGAGUAAUCUAAUGAAUCAGCCCUCUACAGUCUUACUCAAAUUGAGUUAGAGGAUUCAGUUCGGGUCAAUAGAGCAGUUCAUAUUUCGAUAGGUCUUACAGCUUAUGAAACCGUAGCAAAGUUCAUCAAUCAUUUAUUUCGUUUAAUGAAAGAUAGAAAUUUUAUGUACAUCGCAGCCAGACGAUUAAUUUCGUGUAUCCAUAAUAUAAACUAGUUUCGUGUAUACAAAACGACUGUAAAAAGCUCUCUGAGACUCGAUUAAAAUGUUACUUAGACAGAAAGAAAACUAACGACUAUCUUUAAUAAACGUUUACCACAAGCCA